CAGAGAGCCAAGGCAGCACUGCAACAAUCAUGACUGUCUUCUAGACUUCUGCAUACAGAUAUGUAUCAUUUCAAAUUAUUUUUGAAGAAUCUGUCGCUGUUAUUCAUUUUUGUGGAACACGUUAAACCUGCGGUAUUCUCAGACGGCUGGAAGCAUGCAUAUGCAGAAGACAAACUCUUUAAAAAACUCUUCAUCGGAUAUAAUAAGUGGUCCAGACCGGUGCGGAACAUCACUGAUGUUGUUAUCGUCAAAUUUGGCCUGUCGAUUGCCCAGCUUAUUGAUGUGGAUGAGAAAAAUCAAAUGAUGACAACAAACGUUUGGCUGAAACAGGAAUGGAAUGAUUAUAAACUGCGCUGGAAUCCAUCUGAAUUUGAUAAUGUGACAUCUAUUAGAGUCCCGUCAGAGAUGAUUUGGGUGCCUGAUAUUGUCUUAUACAAUAAUGCAGAUGGUGAGUUUGCGGUGACCCACAUGACCAAAGCCCACCUGUUCCACACAGGAAAAGUGAGUUGGGUUCCUCCAGCCAUCUACAAGAGCUCCUGCAGCAUUGAUGUCACCUUCUUCCCAUUUGACCAACAAAAUUGCAAGAUGAAGUUCGGCUCCUGGACCUACGACAAGGCCAAGAUUGACCUGGAGCAGAUCGAGAGCACCGUGGACCUGAAGGACUACUGGGAGAGCGGCGAAUGGGCCAUCGUCAAUGCCGUGGGAACCUACAACACAAAGAAAUACGACUGUUGUCAUGAGAUCUACCCGGACAUCACCUACUUCUUCAUCAUCCGCCGUCUGCCUCUGUUCUACACCAUCAACCUCAUCAUUCCCUGCUUGCUCAUUUCAUGUUUGACAGUGUUGGUGUUCUACCUGCCGUCAGACUGUGGAGAGAAGAUCACCUUGUGCAUUUCCGUCCUCCUUUCCCUCACAGUUUUCCUGUUGCUCAUCACCGAAAUCAUUCCCUCGACGUCUCUGGUCAUUCCACUGAUUGGAGAGUACCUGCUCUUCACUAUGAUCUUCGUCACCCUCUCUAUAGUCAUUACCGUUUUUGUGCUUAAUGUGCACCAUCGUUCACCAAGCACACAUAAAAUGCCCUGCUGGGUCCGUUCGGUGUUCCUGGACCUCAUUCCCCGCUGGCUCUUCAUGAGACGCCCGGAACCUGAUCAGAAACGCCGCAAUACGGCCAACCCCAGCACGUCCAAAAGCUGGCUUCAGCAGGAGACGGAUGUGGAUGGGCUGAAAUGUCAGGACAUGGAGUUCGGGUUAGGGAUGGGAAUAUCAACGUCCAUCUCGCCCCCAUCUGCCACGCCUCUGCAUCUGUCCGACUCGGAGCCUUUACUCCAGCAGGUGGGACAUGUGAUGAACCAGCAUCCAGCAAAGCUUACAUAUCUCGUGUCAGACCCCAGACUGACCUUCUCACCGUGUGUCCUACGAGCUCUGGACGGGGUUCAGUACAUCGCUGAUCACCUGCGGGCUGAGGAUGAAGACUUCUCAGUCAAGGAGGACUGGAAAUACGUGGCAAUGGUGUUUGACCGUAUCUUUCUGUGGAUGUUCAUCAUCGUGUGCUUGUUGGGGACGGUCGGCCUCUUCUUACCUCCCUGGAUAUCAGGAAUGAUCUAA